ACAGCCCAUACUAAUGCAUUCCCAGUGCUUCCAGUGCUUGCAGAGUGAAGGCUGUGAGCUUGUCAAACUCUGCGCUGCCAGUGGCACAUUUCCUGUUGUUGACAGGCGAGGAGCACAGCAGAGGCUACACUGAGCUGCAUGCAGGGACUCGCAUUUUAUCAGCUGGAGUGCACACAGACACACUCAGAGAGCACCCUUUCACAGGAAGAGCUGCUAUCACUUCUCAGAUACACAGACGCAGAGGAAGCACUGACACUGAACCUCUUACCAGCGGCCCAGAAACAGGAGUUGCUCCACAGAUGGACUGACUCCCUCCAUCCAGAGUUUGACUUUUGAGAACAAGUGGGAUCUCCUUUGUUGUUUUCUCUGUUUUCACCUGAUCUGAGUGUCUACCCAGGAAGUGUUAUGGUUUUGUUCUUCAUGGGAUCGGAUAAAACCUCAUCUACCGUCAUGCUGCCUGAGGACCCUGUUCGCCAGGACAUGCAGUUCUACUAUGUGGGUGACCAUACGUGGGCCACCAUGCUGGGGCAGAGCGUGAGGCUUCAGCCGGUCCCCAUCCAAAGUCUCUCAGAGCUGGAAAGAGCACGUCUGCAGGAGGUGGCCCUUUACCACUUGGAAAGAAGAGACCUAGACUUUAAAAUUGGCAUUCCUAGAGAGAUUCGUAAGAGGAGGAAAUCACUACGGAGAAAGUUUGACUCUUUCUCAAAAGAAAAGAAAGAGCGAGAGUCUGCGGCCAAAGCAUUCGGUAUCCCGCUCUCCCAGGUCAUUGCAAACGACCGGGCCUUCAAGCAACGGCAGGAUGCCCUGAAAGAGAGCCGACGGGACUGUCUGGACCUGGAGGCCAGUGUUCUUCACUUCCGUGCUGAGAAAUGGCAGCACAAUGGAAACCGGCCGCGGGGCAAUACAGCCUUAUCACCUGAUGCUGCCUCCUCACCAGCACUGGAGCCCCACAGCAAACCUCCCUCAUCAGCAUUCAUGGACAACACCUCACGCACACACAGACGGGGAGGGAUGUCUGUGGACUCCAUCUCUGAUAUGGUUGAGAGUCAGUCCAGACUACUUGAAGCUCUGCAGCUCUCUCACCCUAAUGAGCUGGAGCUGAAAAAGGCUGCCGGUCGCACACAGGCCAAACUCAGUCUCAAUCCCAUCUACAGACAAGUUCCCCGAGUGGUAGAGCGCUGCUGUAACCACAUAGAGACCUACGGGUUACAAACUUUGGGGAUUUUCCGUGUAGGCAGCUCCAAAAAAAGAGUCCGUCAACUGCGUGAGGACUUUGACAUGGGGAUAGAUGUUGCGUUAGACGAAGAGCACAGCGUUCAUGAUGUGGCUGCAUUACUGAAAGAGUUUCUGAGGGACAUGCCUGACCCCCUGUUACCACGAGAACUCUACCAGGCCUUCCUGCACGCUAACUUUUUGAGGGGAGCAGAUCAGUUGACAUACCUGCAGCAGUUGUUGUACCUGUUGCCACCCUGUAAUUGUGACACCCUGCUGAGGCUCUUCACGCUUCUUCAUACAGUACAGGAGAAUGCAAACAGCUCCACUGGGCCAAACCAGAAGGAGAUCUCAGGUAAUAAGAUGACGUCAGCAAACCUGGCAGUGAUCUUUGGGCCCAAUCUCCUGCAAAAAGAAAGAGGAUCAGAGAGAGAGCUCAGCCCUCAAGCUCUGGGCAUAGAAGACAGCACUGCCGUCAUCUCCGUCAUCCUGAUGCUCAUCCAGAACCACCAACAUCUCUUCACGGUGUCUGCUGAGCUGCAGCAGGAGGUGCUCAUGAGCCUCAUUCAGACGGACCCUGAUGUCAUUGACUAUCUGCUGCGCAGGAAACUCAGCAGUAGUAGCAGCCUGACGAUGGAGACAGACUCCGGUGGAUGGAGGGACACACAGGCAUCUCUGGAUUCUGUGGGUCAGUCCAGUGAUGACCUUUCAUCCCUGGAGCCACUGUGCUCUCUUUACCCAGAGACAUCUGUGAUAGGAAGUCUGAGCAGUGAGGUCUUCCUCAAUGUUCUUCAUCUGAACACCAACAGGAAACGCUCCUCUGAGGGCCCACCCAAAUCCAUUGGUAAAAUGAGACAGUUUCAUUCCCACCACAACCUGAUGAGUCUGUCCCAGUCCUCCUCUAAUGCCCAGAAUGAAGAGCGAGAGCUCCAGGAGCAGGGGCAAGGCCGUUCAAGGCACACGUGCUCAGAGGAGCGCCUACAUGUCAGCCUGGGACGGCAGGACAGCGGUUCUCAUCCACAGAGUCCCAGAGAGAGGGGCAUCUGGGUACGGCAGAGCUCCAACGCCUCGUCCACGACAUCAGACGACAGCAGACCACCAAGCAACUUCUGGGACUUUUUCACUGGCAAGAUACCGGUUGUCAGACGAAGCCCUUCGCUGCAAAACUUCUUCAACGACCAUUCGCAGUCUGAAAAAAAUUAAGAAACAUGGAAGAUGCUUUUGGAAGAAUAAGAUUUUUGUUAACUUUUAACCACUUGGAGAACAUGCUCUGAACUCAUGACAUCCCUGAGCCACAAGGGGAUGAUAUUUACUGGGGUCAACAUUACAUUGACAUUAAAGUUGAAGUUAAAUA